GAGGAGACUGUGAGGAAGGGAGGAGAGGGAGGAGAGAAGCACAGAGAAGCAGGCAGAUCCAGGCAUUAGCAUACUGACAGAGUUUCAGCACUGCAGAUCUGCCUCUCUCUGUCUUCAGCUGCUUUUAGAAAGACAGUGAGAGCAGAGAGGAGGGCAAGUGGGAUAGAAAUCCUUUUUGACAGAUCAGACAAGAGGAUUCCUUUGCUCUUUUUUUUUUUUUUUUUUCCCACUGAUCACAGCAGAGAUCCAGAAGCUCUUGCCGCCUGGCUGAGGAUUCCUCCAAUCUGUGAAGUGGUGGGCGUGUGACAUCAGGCGCCCUCCUCCCCUCCUCUACCAUCCCAUCUCCCCCCUCCUGACAUCAACGCGUCCGGCCAAUCAGCACACGAGGAGAUCCGGUCACAUGAGAAUCCCCCCAGUCUCGGUUACCAUGACAACGAGCACUGGUCCAGGCAGCAUCUUACCGUGGUGAGAAGAGAGAGAGUGGGGGGAAGAAGGCGGGAGGAGAGGCAGAAAGAGACGGGGAGAAACAGAAAGAGAGCAGCCACAGGACUACCUUCUGGAUCUUCAGCUGUCUUUCCCUCAGUACAAAUGAAGAUGCCUGAGGCUGGGAGUUAAAGCCCUCCACCAGAGAGAGGGUGUUCCAGGGUUGGGGCUGGACCCAGAGACCCCUGCCUGGGGCAGGGUGAAGGGCCCUCACAGUCCUACGUGAGCCUGGACCAUGGGGGAUGGAGGCGCCGGUGCAGCUGGAGGAGAUGGGGUGAACCUGUCCCACGUCCUGUUCGACAACUUCGUCCAGGCGACCACAUGCAAGGGCACGCUCAAGGCCUUCCAGGAGCUGUGCGACCACCUGGAAGUCAAGCCCAACGAGUACAGGGUCUUCUAUCACAAGCUCAAGUCCAAACUCAACUACUGGAAGGCCAAGGCGCUCUGGGCCAAGCUGGACAAGAGAGCCAGCCACAAGGAGUAUAAGAAGGGCCGUGCCUGUGCCAACUCAAAGUGUCUCAUCAUCGGUGCGGGGCCAUGUGGCUUACGUACAGCCAUCGAGCUGGCUUUCCUGGGGGCCAAAGUGGUUCUUCUGGAGAAGAGAGAUGCCUUCUCCAGGAACAACGUGCUGCACCUCUGGCCCUUCACCAUCCAGGACCUCAGGGGCCUCGGGGCAAAGAAGUUCUACGGGAAGUUCUGCGCUGGUGCUAUCGAUCAUAUCAGUAUUCGUCAGCUUCAGCUAAUGCUGCUCAAAGUGGCUCUCCUGGUCGGCAUCGAGAUCCACGUCAACGUAGAGUUCAAGGGUCUCAUUGAGCCCCCCGAAGACCAAGAGACUGAAAGGAUCGGCUGGAGGGCUGAGGUCCACCCGAGGACACACCCUGUCAACGAGCUGGAGUUUGAUGUCAUCAUUGGAGCAGACGGAAGAAGAAACACACUGCCAGGGUUUCGGCGUAAGGAGUUCCGAGGCAAGCUUGCCAUCGCCAUCACUGCUAACUUCAUCAACAGGAACACAACAGCGGAGGCAAAGGUUGAAGAAAUCAGCGGUGUGGCCUUCAUCUUCAAUCAGAAGUUCUUUCAAGACCUCAGAGAAGCAACAGGUAUUGACCUGGAAAACAUCGUCUACUACAAGGAUGACACGCAUUACUUUGUGAUGACUGCCAAAAAGCAGAGCCUGCUGGAGAAAGGAGUCAUUCUGCAUGACUAUGCUGACACGGAGCUCCUGCUGUCCAGAGCGAACGUCGACCAGGCCGCCUUGCUUUCUUACGCCCGUGAGGCCGCAGACUUCUCCACCAACCACCAGCUGCCCACGCUGGACUUUGCCAUCAACCACUACGGCCAGCCAGACGUAGCCAUGUUCGACUUCACCUGCAUGUACGCCUCAGAGAACGCCGCCAUGGUGCGCCAACGCAGCGGCCACAAGCUGCUGGUGGCGCUGGUGGGCGACAGCCUGUUGGAGCCCUUCUGGCCAAUGGGCACUGGCAUCGCUCGAGGUUUCCUGGCAGCCAUGGACUCGGGCUGGAUGGUGAAGAGCUGGGCCCAGGGAAAAACCCCUCUUGAGGUGCUGGCUGAGAGGGAGAGCAUAUACCGCCUUCUGCCUCAGACCACACCGGAGAACGUCAGUAAGAACUUCAGUCAGUACAGCGUGGAUCCGACCACACGCUACCCCAACAUUAGCCUUAACUUCCUCAAGCCCAGCCAGGUGCGACACCUCUUCGACACCGGGGAGUGCAGGGAAAUCCGCAUUGAAAUCGAAAAUGUGAUCAACUCGUCGACACCCAAGCUGGCCAGGAACGACAAUUACCUGCUUGACAAGCAGUUGCAAGAAUCCAUCGCUCGGUCCAGUAAGCUGCUCAACUGGUGCCAGAGACAAACGGACGGAUACAGGAAUGUCAACGUAACGGACCUCACCAUGUCUUGGAAGAGCGGCUUGGCCCUGUGCGCCCUCAUUCACCGAUACAGACCCGACCUGAUUGACUUUGACUCUCUGGAUGAACGAGACCAGGAGAAGAACAACCAGUUGGGCUUCGACGUGGCGGAGAGGGAGUUUGGGAUCUCGCCAUGCAUGACUGGCAAGGAGAUGUCUUCUGUAGUGGAGCCAGACAAACUCUCCAUGGUCAUGUACCUCAGCCAGUUUUAUGAGAUGUUUAAGGACACAGUGCCACCUGGAGAUAAUCACAACCUGAGUCCAGAGGAGAAGGCUGCACUGAUAGCCAGCACCAAGUCCCCCAUCUCUUUCCUCAGCAAGCUGGGUCAGAGCAUCGCCAUCUCCAGGAAGCGUAACCCCAAGGACAAAAAGGAGAAGGAUGUGGACGGUUUGGGGAAGAGACGGAAAACCAGCCAGUCUGAAGAUGAGGAGGUUUCCAGGUCUGGUCGUGACGACAGGCCGUCUGUCCCCGCCGUCCUGACCGAGAGAAAGAUGGACUCUGCUGCCGUGGGAAACAACAACAAAGUGAAGGUCAUGGCCACCCAGCUGCUCGCCAAGUUUGAGGAGAACGCUCCCGCCCAGCCGACAGGACUCAAAAGACAGGGGGAAUCUCUGCCCAAUCUGGACCGCCUUUUGCCCCUUACCCCACCGCAAACCCCCGUGAAAGAGCCAGUGCGCCUGGCACCUGUCCCAGCCUGGAGAAAGAGACGCACACAGCAGCAGGAGAAGCUGAGCUUUCGCUACAAAGAAAUGAUCAAGUGUCAGACACUGCCCCACAGAGGGGAACAGGCCAGAAGUGGCGCCGACCCACUGUCCAGCUCGGGCGCUCGGAGCUGCCCAAAGAAAACCAUUCUGCUUCCUACUUCCUCCUCCACCUCCUCGCUCUCUCUCCACUCAGAGCGUGUAAAUAAAAGUCCGGAUGAAGAGGAACUUGAAUACUACGAGAGGCCUCUGACACACGGGGAGGGGAUGCCACUUCACCUAACCGACCCAGGACCCAUCCACAUACCGGGUAUCCAGGAGCGGGCUGAACGCCUGAUCUCCAGGUUUAAGGGCAAAUCUGACAAGCCUCCGAAGCCUAAGAGAAAGCCGUCCCGUUUCUUUGUAGAGCAGUGGUACUCGUCCCGAGGCCCGGCCGUCAGUCCUGGUUCACCGCUGUCCUCUCGUGACUCGUCCACAAAGGAACCGACGAGGCCUCUGCAGUCUGACAACCAAACGCCCUUAUACGUGCUUAGCAUUCAGGAGAGAGCCGAGCAACUUGCAUCUCAAUUUGAGGGCAAGCCAGCCGGACCACAGCCUAAGAAAAAGCCCUCCCGUUUUUUUAUGGAACAAUGGCACCUGGCCCGAGCCCAGAGUGCCCCUGAUUCUCCCCCGUCCACCUCUGACACCCACAGACAGCGCUAUGUGAGGAUGUACACAGGGGGAGUUAGCUCACUGGCUGAGCAGAUAGCCAGUCAGCUUCAGUCUCAGGAAGAUCCCAAGCCCCCACAUGCACCUGAAAAGAAGGAUUUGGGCUCUCUCAGGAAAGAGUUCCCUGUCAACAUCGGAGGCAGCGACGUUUGCUUCUUCUGUCGAAAGCGUGUCUACGUGAUGGAGAGGCUGAGCGCCGAGGGGAAAUUCUUCCAUCGUAGCUGCUUCAAGUGCGACUACUGUGGCACGACACUACGACUGUCCUCUUACGCCUUCGAUGUGGAGGAUGGGAAAUUUUACUGCAAACCCCACUACUGCUAUCGUCUGUCCGGCUAUGCUCAGAGGAAGAGGCCUGCUCCCUCUCCUGCUCCAAUCACGGCAAAGGAGAACCAGACGGCCCAAACUCCCUCUGUGACCGUAGAUGCCCCCGGAAGGGCGAUGGCGGCAGCAGCCCCCUCGGCCGAGCUCCAACCCUCAGUACCGGAGGUCAACGGCCUGCAGGAGCCCAGCCUGGCCAAACGCCUUCGGGGAACUCCGGAGCGCAUCGAGCUGGAGAACUAUCGUCUGUCCCUGCAGAGGGAGGAGGAGCUGGAGGAGGUGCCUGAGGAGACGCUGGCGGAGCACAACCUCAGCAGUGUGCUGGACAAAGUCACAGAUGCAGACCUGGGCUCCAGUAGCUCAGAGUCGGACAUGGAGGAGGAGGACGAGCAGGAGGAUCAGGAGGAGGUGGAGCUGGAGGAGCACCUUCGCAGCCCUUCGGACCUUGGUGGCGUUCCCUGGAAGGAGGCGGUGGAGCUCCACGCCAAACUCCGGGGCGAGGAGGGCGACGACGAGGCUCAGGCCGACGACGUCAGCAGAGACGGGGAGUUAGACGAAGAAGAAGAGGAGGAUGAGGAGGAGGAAGAUGAGGAGGAAGAGGAGGAGUCUAGCGAUGAGGGCGAUUACUGCCCCUGGGAUAGAGAGCUCCAGUCAGGGCUCUGGCUGGAGAAGUACCUCACAGAUGAAGAGGAUGUUGGUACUUUUAAAGCCAGGAACCUACAGAUCCAACAAGUCCUGCAGCCUGUGGAUCCAAACGCCAUCCCAGGUUUGGUGAGACCACACCUGGACUCAGAGGGAGACAAGGAUGGCCAGCUGGCCUCAGCCUCCCAACUCUCCCAACCCUCUGAGCUCACGCAGCCCUCCUCCACAGAGCCCUGUGAAGACGAGGAACUGGAAGCAGAAGCAGACAGUCCAGAUAUAGAGCCUGGUACGGAGAUGGAUCAGGAUGACAUCCCUUCAGAUGCAGAAGCUGAGGCACGAUUGCACCAGUCAGAGAACAACGAAGCUCCACACGAGGAAGACAAGGAAUCAGAUAGUCUGGGAAUGGCCUCCAGUAUUGAACCAUCCUGCAUCAGCCCAGUGCAGAAGGAAGAUAUUGUCCUUUCCCCCAUCCAACCCUCCCCAGAGCCUGAAACACAGAUAACUCCGGUGAAGUCUCCUGGCACCCGCUUUUUCACUGAUCCGUUCAUACCUGAGGAGACGAAGCCUGAGAAGACGACUCCAUCUCCGGUCGCCAGGAGCCCAAUUUCCCCAUCAGCUGCCCCUGUUCAGAUUCCUCCUUCUGUUCCCUCUCCUACUCUUGCUGCUACUUCUCCUGUCAGCAUUCCUGCCUCGCCUCUUCCUGCUUCACCUCUUCUUGCCUCGCCUCUUCCUGCCUCACCUCUUCCUGCUUCACCUCUUCCUGCCUCACCUCUUCCUGCCUCACCUCUUCCUGCCUCACCUCUUCCUGCCUCACCUCUUCUUGCCUCGCCUCUUCCUGCCUCGCCUCUUCCUGCCUCACCUCUUCUUGCCUCGCCUCUUCUUGCCUCACCUCUUCCUGCCUCACCUCUUCUUGCCUCACCUCUUCUUGCCUCACCUCUUCCUGCUUCACCUCUUCCUGCUUCACCUCUUCUUGCCUCACCUCUUCCUGCCUCACCCGUCAAAUCACCCGUUGUCUCUCCAGUCCAGCCAGCCAACGAAUCAGCCAGGUCGCCAAUCAAGUCACCAGUCAGCUCACCAAUUCGUUCCCAGCCCACCCCUCUGCCAGAGACUCGUGCCCCUAAAUCUCCGGUCUACCCUCACCGCUCCAUUUGCCCUCUCACCGGAAACCCCCUCUCCCCAAUUUGCGCCCAGCCUUUGCCCUGCCAUGAACCCUCGUCGCCUCUCACCUCUGACUCUCCCGUCAGAACUCAGCCUGUCCCCGCGGUCACUUCCACACCAAUGACCAAAACGGACAAAACCACACCUGAGGCUUCGAAAUCUGAAGAUUCGUCAACAGAGGAAACUCCGUCUAAAAAGACAGACAUCAUCGAGGAAUUCUGGCUAAAGAGCGCUGAGAUUAGAAAGAGCCUCGGCCUUUCUCCUCUGGACCGCAGCAGUAAGCUCUUAGAGAAGAGCAUUGUUAAAGCUCCACCGCAGGAAUCCGCACCUGCCAAGACACAGACGCCUGAUGUGUCCGAGGAGCCGAAGCCCGCCUUCACCGGCCGAUCUGUCAUUCGCAGAAUCAACAUCACUCUUGAGGGUCAGGUUAUUACUCCUCUUGCUCCCGCAGAGGCCAAGAGUGACGGCUCCGAUAAGAGGGACAUCAGCAGCAGCUCGGGCUUGGGCUUGAAUGGAAGCAUGGCCACCAGCCAGACAGUAAACAGUGACAGCUAUAACACGUCUGACUCCACUAUGCUCACCCCACCAUCCAGCCCACCACCACCUGUGCCUGCUAAUCAGUCUCCGGCUGUUCUCCGGCAGCAGAGACACCAGGUGUCUUGGAGCAACGGACCAGAAAAACCUCCACCUGAGCGUGCCAAAGAGCCGGCAAAAACCAAGACCCCCGUUCCUGCGCCCAGGACCCAGCUGAGCCCCGUGUCUGCACCCAAACCUGCACCCAGGAAAGUCUCCUCACCUCAGGCGACACCGGAAACGACUCCGGUGGUCGUCAUGAGAGAGAAGAAGAAGCCUCGGCCAGAGGAGGUGAGGAAGUCAUUCGUGGAGACGGUGGAGGAGAUUCCGUUUGCUGACGACGUGGAGGAGACCUAUGACGAGCGGACGCCGGAAACGAGCAUGAACAGGUUUUAUACUCCACCCAGCAGCAAGCCCAGCAGAGAAAAACCUCCCCUGCAUCUGGCACUAGCAAUGGAAAAUGGUAAACCCAAUAUCCCAGCCAAUCCAGUCGCGAAGACCCAGAGGGCAACUCAAUUCUCUCCGGAGGCAAAGGAGAUCGCUGAGGAGAGAAUAAGGGCCAGAGAGAAGUCUGUGAAGAGCCAGGUACUGAAAGACGCCAUGGCCAAGCAGCUAAACAAAAUGAAAGAGUCUGACACAGACAAGGGUGCCUCACCUAAAGUGGCCUGGAGUGUUACCCCAGACGCUCCUGGGAAAAACAAAAAGUCCGCCGGGUCUCCAAAGACGUCCGCCGUGAAGGCUUUGGAGUCGAAGAAGGGAGAGACUCUGCCCGAGCGUUUCUUCAGCAGCAAUAAGAGUCUGGACAGCUCGGUGGCCUCGUCGGACGGCUCCUCUGCAAGUAAAAGCAAGAAGAGAAGCUCCUUGUUCUCUCCACGCAAGAAUAAGAAAGAGAAAAAGGCCAAAAACGACAGCAGCAAGAUCUCGGGCGCCGACGAGACUCCACCUAAACACAAGUCACUGUGGAAGGCCGUCUUCUCAGGGUACAAAAAGGACAAAAAGAAGAAGGACGAUAAGUCAUGUCCGAGCACUCCCUCGUCCAGCUCCACCACUCAGGACUCUGCAAAGAAGAGAACAUCGCCUCUUGGGAGAUCUUCAGACUUGAAAUCACGGCGAAACUUGAGCUUCUCUGAGGAUUCUGACCUGUCCUGUGAUGAUGUUCUGGAGAGAUCAUCCCAGAAGUCAAAGGCAGAUCGGCAUAUGGACAUCUUUGACUUAGUGUCAGGCAUGCAGAAGGAAGCAAUAAAGGAGGAGAGAGUGGAGAAGGAGAGAAGGAGGGAGUUAAAGGGAAAAAAGAGGGUGAAAGAGAGGCAUAAAGAGAGGGAGGUAGAGCGAGAAAAGGAGAAAGACGAAGAGGAGAAAACCUACACAGAAGAAGAGCUGAAUGCCAAGCUGACCCGGAGAGUCCAGAAAGCUGCACGGCGACAAGCCAAGCAGGAGGAACUCAAGAGGCUCCACAGAGCUCAGAUCAUCCAGAGACAGUUGGAGCAGGUGGAGGAGAAGCAGAGGCAGCUGGAGGAGAGGGGUGUAGCUGUGGAGAAAGCUCUGAGAGGAGAAGCAGGAUUGUAUAAAGGUACUUAUACAUUACCCAAACAGCACAAAAGAAGAUCAGACUAUUGGGGAGAUUCUAAUUACAGUGAAAUCCUGGACUUGCAUCUGGGCGUUGAGCCCUUUGUGGAGAUGCCACGCCGAAGACCGCUCUCCUUCUGCCCCUGCUGUUCCCCUGAAGCCAAAGCCAUCCCCCGAGACCACAACCAUGCAAUUUAUGUGUGUAUGGGCAAGAAGGAUGAUCCCAAACUAAUGCAGGAGUGGUUCAAGCUGGUGCAGGAGAAAAACGCGCUGGUUCGCUACGAGUCAGAACUCAUGAUAUUUGCCAGAGAGCUGGAGCUGGAGGACCGACAGAGCCGACUGCAGCAGGAGCUCAGGGAGAGGAUGGCGGUGGAAGAUCACCUGAAAACCGAGAAGGAGCUGGCUCAGGAGAAGCAGAUCCUGAAUGAGAUGCUGGAGGUGGUGGAGCAGCGCGACGCCCUGGUCGCCCUGCUGGAUGAGCAGCGGCUCCGGGAGAAGGAGGAGGACAAAGACCUGGAAGCCGUCAUGCUCUCCAAAGGAUUCAACCUCAACUGGGCCUAGCAGGAGGGAAAUAAUUGCUCGUCAAGUUUUCGGCGUUCGACUUGUCAGACGGUCAUCUCUGCAUGUGAUUAGUCUGCUGAACAGGCGGUUGGUCUGUCACACCUACAGCAGUGAAUGUGUAAAGAUUUCCCCCAACACAACUCAACACUACACACUAUGGCUGCCUCUGACAUUGAAGCAGUCUGUGGCGUUUACAUAUCUUCUGCCCAAAGGCAGUCCGAGUUAAUCCCUUUGCAGUUUGCUCUCUCUCUCUCUGUGGGUGGAGAGGCGAGUAUAUUCACAACUUUAUCAUCCCAGCCUUGAAGUGGAUCCUCUCAUGCAGGAGGAGGGUGGCAGCAGUGGUGGGGGGGCCUUUGGGAGAAUGUUUAAAGACUCUCGAUUAUUUAAAGGGAAGAAUGCAGUUCGGUCCUGCUGAUGUAAAGGAAAUUGUAAAAAAAACUCGAUGUGUUUUUGUGUAUAGUUGUGUAGAACAUGACACAUUUUCAGCAGAUGAGGCUCGCCCGUCUCCCGCUAAGGACUGCCACAGAGGUGUGUUUAAAGGCUGGAGCGAUGUCUCCAGGCUCGGUCCUUUCAGUCUGGGACGGACUUCCUCUGAGGCUGCCUUUCUUUUUCUUUGACGAACUGACUUCAGCAUCCUAAUGAACCACAAACAUGCCAUGAAAGGCAGACUUUUCUCUCUCUUUUUGCCCCCCAACAGAGUGUUUAGUGAGUCAACACUAAGAAUCCAUUAAGUAUGGCCAUGUUUUUUUUUUAUGUAUUUAUUAUCUUUGUUUGCUUCUAACAGAUAAACUUUUUAUUUUUAUUUUUUGCAUUCACAGGAGAGUGCCCAGAAUCUCAUUAUCUUGUGCAUAAGCUCUCAUGCACUCGUAUGUCUGGAUUGAAGGCUGCAGAAGAACUUUGUCUUUGGUAUUUAGGACGCAGAGUUACACGUGACCUGAUAAUGACGGGCCUCUCAGUGAGAUGCUGUUCACUGUAUAUCACACUGACGUUUACAGAUGCUUGUUCGAUGUGGGUUUUAAACGGUUCCUGCUCCGGUAAACAGUACCGACGUCUGUUGAAAAGAAUCCUUGGGGGAUAAAGUAAAAACUGUAUUAACAAUGUGAUUUUGUUAAUGAAUCUGAUGUCGCUGUUGUUAAUGGGAGGUCGGCGUAGCUCACGUCACGCGUUUUGUGCCACAGGACUGUCUCUGUUUGUGAUUAUGCUGCAAUAUGAAAGGAGAACACCACAACGUACGACUCUACACAACGCUACACAACACGGCAACGCACGGCAGUGUUAUUUAUGUCACCCUCGAACAAGAUGCCUUUUUUCGUUAUAUUUAAUUUUUUUUUUAGGUAGUUACACCCAUGUGUCCCACUGGAAGUCAAGAUUUGUACUUUUUUUUUUUAUUAAAUGCUUUUCUAUAGCAGAGCCCUCCACAAACGGCAUUAAAGAGAUCAUUUGACAUGCGGCCCUAAAGGAAUGCAAAGUACAUACUGAGCGACUCGAAUCAAACUUCACGCUUUGUCUGGUGGGCGGUCAAAUGGAACAGCCUUUUUUUUUUGGCUCUUAGCUUAUAAAACUGUAAAAACAAAUCCAAGUGGCCACUGUUUUACAGCACAGAAACACUAGAGGCUAUAUUUAUGACUUGAGCUGUGAAUAAAGACAAAAAAUUUACAUAAUUUUAAGGGUUGUUGUUUUAGAUGGUGUGUGCUGAGUUUGACAUGAUUGUAUUGAUAUUUAUUAACAUGUGUGCAAAUUGUAUUAUAUGUAAAGAAAAUGAAUCCUAAUUUUUAAAAAACUGUUCUGUCGACACAUGACUUGUAAUGUAAAUGCUUCAUGUAGCUCAAAUACAUAGGGGUGUUGGAUGUAUGCUGAAAACAGCAAUAAAACAAUGCAGUUGUUCUUUUA